AGCCGUGCCCGGGCGCGAGCGGCGGAGUCGUAUUCUGCAAAAGGCGGUUGGCUGACCCUCCGCCUUAACAGCUGUUCUCUAUGAAUCAGGAAGCGCGUCAGCGUGCGCGGAAAAGGGCGCGUAGAGCCCGAGCGGCCGUUCGCUUUCGGCGUCGGGGGAAAGCGGCCGAGAUGUCGGUGCCCACCGCGUGCGCUCUGUCUCGGCGAGGGCGGCAGGAGCUGCCGCCGCCGCCGCGAGGCAAGGCGAUGCGCGGAGACAGCCGGGAGAGCGAGGAAGACGAAGAACAGGCGGAGCCGCCCAGACGGGAUGGAGAAGAGGCGGCAGGGAACACCCAGUGCGAGCGGGACUCUCUGCCGCAGCUGGCGACCACGAAGUUGGACGGGAAAGAGGAGGAGAAGCAGGAACGGGAGCACUUCCGGAGAAUUAUCAAUGCCUUCCGUUACUAUGGAAUUAAUAUGCAUGAAAGAGUGACUCGUGCAGAGAGACAAUUUAGAACACUUCCAGCCAUGCAACAGAAAUUGUUACCUCAGUUUCUCCCUCAUCUUGACAAGAUUCGAAAAUGUGUUGACCACAAUCAAGGGAUCUUGCAGUCUAUUGUGAAUGACUGUACCCGAAUGUUUGAAAAUAGAGAAUAUGAUGGUGAUGGAAAUGGAAAGAUUACACCAGCUUCAACUUUUGACAUGGAUAAAUUAAAAUCCACUCUGAAACAAUUUGUAAGAGAUUGGAGUGAAACUGGGAAACCUGAGAGAGAUUCUUGCUAUCAGCCUAUCAUUAAUGAAAUUGUAAAGAACUUUCCAAAAGACAGAUGGGAUCUCUCAAGAGUAAAUGUCCUGGUCCCUGGUGCUGGGCUAGGUAGAUUGGCCUGGGAAAUAGCUAUGCUUGGUUACACUUGCCAAGGAAAUGAAUGGAGCCUCUUUAUGCUCUUUUCUUCUAAUUUUGUACUGAACAGAUGCUGUGAAACUAAUUCAUGUAAAUUAUAUCCCUGGAUUCAUCAGUUUAGCAAUAACAAGAGAUCUGCUGAUCAAAUACAGCCAAUUUAUUUCCCGGAUGUUGACCCUCACAGUCUUCCUCCUGGUGCCAACUUUUCUAUGACAGCAGGCGAUUUUCGAGAAAUCUACUCUGAGAGUAAUAUAUGGGAUUGCAUAGCAACCUGUUUCUUCAUAGACACGGCACACAAUGUCAUUGAUUACAUUGAUACAAUAUGGAAAAUACUUAAACCGGGAGGAAUAUGGAUCAAUUUAGGUCCUCUUCUUUAUCAUUUUGAAAAUUUAGCAAAUGAAUUAUCUAUUGAAUUGAGCUAUGAGGAUAUAAAAAAUGUAAUAUUACAAUAUGGAUUUCAUAUUGAGAUGGAGAAUGAAUCUGUUUUAACAACAUACACUGUGAAUGAAUUAUCUAUGAUGAAAUACUAUUAUGAAUGUGUUAUGUUUGUGGUUAGGAAACCAGAAAGCAGUAUCUGAAACAGACUGUCCAAAAAGAAUAUUGCUGGCAUUUUUGUUAACAAUGUUAGCAGAACAUGAAGUGGCCUGUAAGGGAUGACUGGACCCAGCCUCUUAUUAGCGGUGCCUUUUUAUUCCUAACAGAAUGUAACUCUUUUUAUUUUCUACACUCCUUAAUGAUAUCCAAACAUGCAUUUCUGCAUUAUUUAUAUUUGGGUUAUUAAUGUGGAAUUCAAAUAUUUAUGUAUCUGUUCUUUCCAUUUUAUUGAACUGGUAAUUUCGGAAAGAUUUAUAUUUUAAUACAUUAUUGACAUUCAUCAUUCUCUGUAAUAUACAGAAAUGGAUGCAUACAUUUGUAUGAAAGAAACACUACCGGAUACAAAACUGAACCCCCUCCCCACAGACAUAUUGUUUAGAAAACAAAUACAAAUCUCAGUUAAAGUAUUUUGAUCAGUAUUUUAGUGAUUUUUCUAAAAGGAUCCUCCCCCCCAAAAAAAUGCAAAUACUGCAAAAAGUAUCAUGUGAAUGUGGCUGUUUACAUCUCAAAGCUUUAGAAAAGGUAAGAAAACUUUUGUAAAAAAAAAAAAAAAACAGACCCUCACAUUUGUCCUCAUAUGAAUUUUAUAACAAAAUUGAUUGACACAGAGCUGCAAUCAAUAAUGUUGCUUUGGCUCAUACCAUGUUGAGCAUAUGGAUAAAUAGUUUGAAACACUGAUAUAUGGAAGCUGUUACUAUAAAUGUACUACUUGUCUAAAUGAGACUAGGUAGGUUUGUACAAGUCCCAAAAUGAAGAUCUGGAAGUAUUCCUAAAAGAUGUUUGGCAUUGAUUCAUACUGUCAUUGAAGGCAUUAUUUUUUCAUAGAACAAGUUCAUACAUGGUAAAACCAAAUUCUUUUAGGACAGCUCUGUUGGUAAUUUGCUGAACUGCCCCACGUUAUGAUAUACUGACACAAGUACAGAAACAAACUGGAUAAUUAUGUUUUGAGAAAUGUACUAUCAGUCCUAGAUCUCAUGGUUUAACUUACUGGAAUCUCUCAUAAUUUUGCACUAAUUGCCAUAUGAUUACUCUUUACUAGGCAUAACUUGAGCACUAGCUCUGUUCAGAUUCAGAUCACUCACUGCCAUGAAUUCUAGUUAUUAAAGUACAGUUUAUGCAAGAUUUCUUUAAAAUUAAUCCUAGGUAAAAUUUAUGGAAAUUAAUAUACCAUCUCAAAACAAAGAAGUUAGGCAUUCUUCCAUACUCUUAAUAUAUUGACUUAGCUUGCAAAUAUAGUCCAAAAUGCUUCCAGUGAAUUGAGCUAAGAAGAUAUAAUCUAGGGCACAUGACUGGCUUUUGAGAUACCAAAUAAUGCAAGAGAAUCAAGGUUUAUAUUUUCUUUUAUGCUACUAAGGCCUAGUUAACUAUUAUGUGUCCUUUUUCAAGUUGAAAGGUUAAAGAAUAAUUUUGCUUCCUGCUGUACUUGAACUAGAAAUAGAAUAUAUUGCUCUAUGAGCAACGCUGUUAGUUAUUUAAAUUCAUAGUGCAAAAAGUCAAAAUUAAAAUUUGCUUGUUUAAGUUCCUUGGCUCAUAUAAACUGCAGAAUAUGACACCUUUGUGCUUUUUUAAAAUUGAUCUUUUAGGGAAAACUGAAUUCCCAUAUUGGAGCAAGCUGUAGCCAUUCUGUUACCCCCAGUAACUCAUGUAGAUAUAUGUUCAAAGUUGCCUUUCAGUGCAAACUUAUCUGACAGUAAAUUCCAUUGAAGUCAGUGGGAUUGAUUUCUCAGUGGGUAUUGGAUUAUUCUAUUGAUAUUUUUCUCCUAUCUUUGCUAAAUGCAGGACACAACUACUGUGUCUACUUUUCAUCCUAGAAAAUGCUCUUUUACAACUUAAACUGUCUGAAACUACUUUGGAACUAAUGUAAUUUACGCAUCAGUGCUCAAAUAAUUUUUAUUGUACAUCAAGUGUCUUAAAUUCAUCAGAUUUAUUUACUUUUUACAUUUUUUGUUAAAAUUGCAAGUAUUAAUCCUUUAAGUCAUUAAAUUAACAUUUUCUUUCCAAUUUUUUCCGAUUCCCGAUUUGAACUCCAUUUUUCAUGUAAAGUAUUUGUGUGUAUACUUUGAAAUUCAGCAGUAACUAAUUUUUAAGGAAUAUAAAGAUUUUUCUUCUUCUACAUGUGUACAAUACUUUCAGAAUAAGGACAUGGCAAAGAUUACUGGAAAUUGAGAAUUAGGAUUUAUUUUCCAAUACUGAUAUGUAGAAUUCAUAUUCUGUAUCCUACAAUAGAACUAUCAUGGGUUAAUCUUUGUUAAUUCUUGUAUGUAUGUUUGCAUACUCUUUGUAUAUUUGCACACAAUAGAAAAUUAUCUAUUUUGAUCAAAGGAGGCUGGCAGUUGUGAUCAUUUUAUGAUCAUGUGUUGUAUAACAUUAAAAGGUACAUAUGCAGCCCCAUUAAAUGAAAGUAAAUUUAAAAA